AUGAAGACCGUUACUGCUGCAACGAAUCAGCAAGUCCAUCCCUUUGAUCAACUGACCGGUGAUGAAAUCAUGUUGGUCGCUGAUAUUGUUCGCAAGGAGAAAUCCGACAUGAACAUUAUCUUCAAUACCAUUACUCUCCAAGAACCUCCCAAGUAUUUGAUGAUGUCUUACCUUGGUUGGGAUCGCACUCGUCCUCGCAUUGAACACGUUGAACGUGAAGCCCUGGUGGUCGCUAUUGAGAAGCCUUCCAUGCGUUGUUACGAGGCCGUGGUCUCGCUUGACAGCCAGACCGUCAAGUCGUGGUCCUACAUGCCCGAUGUUCAGCCUAUUUUGACCAUGGAUGAUAUGUUCGAAGUCGAAGAACUGGUCAUCAAGGAUCCCCGCGUGCAAGCCGAAUGCAGAGAAUUGGGUAUCCACGACAUGUCUCAAGUCUUUGCCGAUCCCUGGGCCAUUGCCCGCCAUGUCACCCACAAGGGUCGCGAUAAACGUUUGAUGCAGGCAUUGAUGUAUAUGCGCACUUGUGAAGACGACAACCAGUAUGCCCAUCCCUUGGAUUUUGUUCCUAUCAUUGAUGUGGGUUUGAUGAAGGUCAUUGAUAUCGAGCAUAUCCGUCCCAGAGACAGCAAGUUCACUCGUCCUACUAUCCCUCUGCAACAGCACAACUUCCUUCCCGAGUUUGUUGGUGAAGAGAACUUUCGCAAGGAUCUGAAGCCUAUCAUUAUUCAACAGCCUCAAGGUGUCUCGUUCACUGUCAAGGGUAAUGAGAUUGAUUGGCAAAAGUGGAACAUGCGUAUCUCCAUGAACUACCGUGAGGGUCUGGUUAUCCACAAUGUUUCGUACCAGGACGGUCCCGAGAAGCGUCCUCUUUUCUACCGUAUCUCCCUUUCCGAAAUGGUCGUCCCCUAUGCCGACCCUUACGCUCCUCAUUACCGUAAGCAUGCUUUUGAUGUCGGUGAGUACGGUCUUGGCCUUUGCACCAACUCCUUGACCUUGGGCUGCGACUGUCUUGGUUCCAUCUACUACUUUGAUGCCGUUUUCAACGAUCACAACGGCAAGCCUUUCCAUGUGCCCAAUGCUGUCUGUAUGCACGAAGAAGACCACGGUAUCUUGUUCAAGCACACCGAUUACCGCAACGGUCGUGCCCACACUGUUCGUUCUCGCCGUCUUGUCAUUUCCCAAAUCGUCACUGUGGCCAACUAUGAUUACGGCUUGUACUACUACUUUUACCAGGAUGGUACCUUUGAAUAUGAAGUCAAGGCUACUGGUGAAUUAAAUACCCACGUGUUGGCUGAAGACGAAACCCCUGGUGACUAUGGUGUUAUGGUGGCUCCUCAGAUCAAUGCUCAGCACCACCAACACUUCUUCACCAUGCGUAUCGAUCCCAUGAUUGAUGGUCUUAAUAACUCGGUGGCUCAAGUGGAUACCCAUCGUUCGCCUUUCCCUACCGGUCACCCAAGAAACGAGUUUGGUAACGGUUUCUUUGCCAAGGAGACCAUUUUGAAGGAUACGCUUGAAGGUGCCACGAACCCCAACUAUGAAUCAGCACGAUUCUGGAAGAUCAUCAACGAAAGCCGUGUGCAUCCUUACACACGCGCGCCUGUUGGAUGGAAGCUGGUAUCCCAUCAUCAGACACCUUUGUUUGCUCAGGAUGAUUCCAUUGUCGGUGAGCGUGCUGGUUUUGCCAAGAAGGCAUUAUGGGUCACUCCUUAUGAUGAAAAGCAAAUGUUCGCUGGUGGAUUUUAUUGCAACCAAUCAGACGGACGUGAUGGUGUUCCUGUGUGGGCCAAGGAACGCAAGCCUAUUGACAACCGCGACAUCGUGCUCUGGUUCACCUUUGGUAUCACUCACUUGCCUCGUGUGGAAGACUUCCCCGUGAUGCCCGUGGAUAUGUGUGGUUUCAUCAUGAAACCCUUCAACUUCUUCAUGGCCAACCCCGGUUUGGAUAUCGCGCCCACUAACAAAAAGAUGAACCAAUCUGUUCACGCCAACGCUGACAAAGCCAAAGAAAGCUCAUGCUGCCCCGGCAACAAACUCUAA